CGCGGGGGCGCGCCGCGCGCCGCCGCUCAUUGUGCUCGGCCGGUGCCGCCUCCGCUGCCGGACACGGCGGGGGGGGGGGCCGCGCUCCCGCUCCUGUGCUGCCUGGGGCGGGCGGCCCUGCACGCAUCCCCGCAGACGGCUGCCUUGCGCCGAGCCCUGCAGCUCCUGUCCCGGGCGUCCUGGCCCCAGGGUGGCUCGAUACCGUUCCGGAGAGCUGCGCUGCGCUGCGCUGCACGGGCGGUGGGGACUGAACACUCAUUCCCGAGUGGGACCGCCUUGCGCCCAACCCCGCUGCAGCCAUCCCGGGGAGCUGCCUUGUGCCGGGAGGGUGGCUAGCACCCAUCCCGCUGGAAGUGGGCUGCCGCGCGCUCGUCUCCGGGAUCAGCUCCUGCCCCGGCGUGCGAGGGCUGGAGCGCCCAGCCCCGCUAUCCCCAGCGUGCGGCGGCCCGGGGCCGCCGCUUCUUCCAACGCCGCUGACCGGCUCCUGGCUCCCGCCUCGUUUUAUGGUCGUGGAGAGGGAGGAAAAAUCCCAAACCAGCUGCGUAAAUGAGUAUGGAAGAUUAUGAUUUCCUCUUCAAAAUUGUUUUAAUCGGCAACGCCGGGGUGGGGAAGACCUGCUUAGUCCGUCGCUUCACUCAGGGGCUUUUCCCACCAGGGCAAGGAGCCACGAUUGGGGUUGACUUUAUGAUUAAAACUGUGGAGAUAAACGGUGAAAAAGUAAAGCUGCAGAUCUGGGACACGGCAGGCCAGGAGCGGUUCCGAUCCAUCACGCAGAGCUACUAUCGCAGCGCCAACGCACUGAUCCUGACCUAUGACAUCACCUGUGAGGAGUCCUUCCGGUGCCUGCCCGAGUGGCUGCGGGAGAUCGAGCAGUACGCCAGCAACAAGGUCAUCACCGUGCUCGUGGGUAAUAAGAUUGAUUUAGCUGAUAAGAGGGAAGUCUCCCAGCAAAGAGCUGCAGAGUUUUCUGAAGCACAGGACAUGUACUAUCUGGAAACAUCAGCAAAAGAAUCGGAUAACGUGGAAAAACUCUUCCUGGACUUGGCCUGCCGGUUGAUCAGUGAGGCACGACAGAAUACCCUUGUGAACAAUGUCUCAUCCCCCUUACCAGGAGAGGGGAAAAGUAUCAGCUAUUUGACUUGCUGUAAUUUUAAUUAAAGAGCUGGCAUGUGAUUGCCCCUUUUGCCAUGGGCCAAGUGGAUUUUUCUUUUGUAUGCUGGGAUUUAUCUACUUGAAGGAAUUCCUGCCAAUCUGACCCAUCUGGCUUACUCAGUCAGGUUACUGUCCUGGAAACAUGGCAGGCUGAUGGCUCCAGCUGCAUGGCAAUGUAGCAGAAUACAACAGGGUUUAAAUUUCAUUUUUUCUUGCAGUCUGUGGAGCAGGUCAGAAAAGGAAGAGUUGCACAAGUGCUUCAUGUAAUGCAGAACAUGAGCUGUUUUGUUUCCUUCUGUGGGAGAGUAGACCAGCCUUUCUUGAAGAUACUGAAGAGAUCAAAAUCUCUCUUACAGAACAAUGUGUUUGAUCCUUUUUAAAAUAAAACAAAGCAAGAAGAAGUGCAACAAUGAAUGCUGACUUUGGACUACUCUGGCAAUCUGGGCUGUCAGUGAGUGAGCUCAGAGGACGUGUACAUAAUGUCUGACCCUGUGUCUUCAUGGAGGACUCUGGUGUUUGAAGUAGUGUUAUGUCUCUCAUCUACAGGCACUUUCAUGAAUGUGGAAUAAAUGAAAAAGUUACAUAUAGCAGCAUUUUCAAGAUUAAAGAAGACAUGGAUAUGACCCAGUUGCUCCCUUUGGUGCUAGCAGUUCAACAAAUAUUCCAUAGGCCAAAUAUAGUCUUACCACAUUACUGUCUUCUUUCUGAAUGUGUAACUUAGACUGGCUAGGAAAAAACACUAAUAAGCACUGUUCAUAAAAAUAAAAAAAUCUCAUUACCUCUUUUUCUAGGCCUGAACAUAGUGGGAAAGGACUGUGUGCUUCUUUGAUAUCCAGCAAAGGAUGAAAAGACUUUCCAGAAAUAAAAAUAAAGAAAUAAAUUAACCAUUCCUCCUCUAA